AUGCAAUUUUUUAACUUUAUCAUUUUUUCUGUAUUCAUUGCUGCUAUUUAUGCUUGUGCUCCAACACAAACAGUUGUCUCACCAGCUACAACAACUGUCAAAACGGCAAGAAAGCGUAGAAGUGUUGAUGAAGACAAAACUGUUGUUAUCAAAACUAUUUUUAAUAUAAGCAAUCAAGUUAAAGCUAAUAAAUUGGAAGGACUUCUUCUUAAAAAUCUUUAUACUACAAUUCCAGCUUUAUCUUCAAAUUUAGAUAAAGCAACAAGAUAUACAAGUAUAGAAAAUAAUAAUUUGGAUACCAUUUUAGCUAUUUCUGAUUCAUUAAAUUAUUGUUCUAAAAUGAUAACAACAAUUAAAAAUGUUUUAGGAAAUAAUAUCUUUAUAAAGGAUGUUAAAAUUAAAUGUGGAGACAAAGAAACUGUAUCUGUUUUUGGUAACAUGUGA